AUGAAGCCAUUGCGUGGAUCUAGGAUUAAACUUGUUUUAAACUCUGCUGGAGAUCUUUUGCUUCGGGAUGAUGAGAGAACUGUGAUUUGGGUUUGUAGGGUUGCAAAGCCUGCUUCCAGGCCAGAACUGGUGCUCCUGGAAUCCGGCAAUCUUGUUAUUAAAGAUGGAAUGAAGUUAGCUUGGGAUUUGAAAGCCGGUUUAAGACGUGUUAUGACAUCCUGGAUAUCGUAUGAGUAUUCAUCUAAUGGUGUGUUUGAGUUUAGCUUGGAAUCACCUCAGUCGCCGCAAUUGCUACUGGAAAAGAAUAAGGUACAAGUGUCCAGGUGGGGUCCUUGGGAUGGGCAAAGAUAUAGCGGUGCUGAUGCUAUUACAGAUAAGCCCGUGUUUAAGCCUGUGCAUAAAUUCAGUUCUGAAGAAGUUUAUUUUACGUUCGAAAUGUUGGAUGACGCAAUUUUACUCAGAUUGGUGGUGAAUCCAAUCAGCACCAUACAGUUCCUGAAAUGGAAAAAAAAGGCCCAGGCUUGGGUUCCAUUGGUUGCCAGUGUCGGAUAUGUGACCAAUUCUCCCAAUAACUGGUGCGGGAUGGACUGUGGUGAUGGCUGUAGAUGGCACUAUGCUCUAAAUUGUAGCAAUGGUGAUGGUUUCGUGAAGUACGAAGGACAGAAAUUGCCUGAUAAUUUCACUGUCUCGAGGAAUUUGAGCUCUCAGGAAUGUGAAGAUAAUUGUUUGAAGGAAUGUUCUUGCAUGGCUUACACUAAUAUAAACAUAUAUGGGAAUGGCAGCGAAUGUGUGGUAUGGUUGGGCGAUUUACUUGAUAUUCGAUAUUCUAUUCAUGGAGGAGAUGAGAUAUAUAUACGUAUGGCACUUUGCGAAUUAGGUCCUGCAGGAGGUGGGGAGAAUGAUCAAGAUGUUGCAUUGUUCAAUAUAAACGCAAUUUCUACUGCUACCAACAAUUUCUCCCCAGACAAUAAAAUUGGACUUGGAGGUUUUGGUCCUGUCUAUCAGAUGAAGCUAGGAAGAUAUUACUGCUUUGGGAAAAGCGCUUUGGCAUUCUUAAGGGAGUUGCCAAGGGAUUAA